UCAUUAUGCAGAGAGUUGAAGGAAGAACCAUGGUCAUCCACAGGCUUCUCUUGAAAGUUGUGAUGCUUGGGGCUGUAUUGGGUCCAUACCACAAUCCCUUAGUAGCAGAAGCUGCUGAUUACCCAAUCACGAAGCGCGGAUGCCAGAGCACUUGUGGAAACCUCUCGAUUCCAUACCCCUUCGGAUCGAGGGAUAGCGAUCCCGGCUGCCGCCACGGUCCUUCCUCAUUCACAGUCGAUUGCGACAACUCUACCGGCCAUCCGACGCCUUAUCUCGAUAACAGAGAUAGUAACUUGCAAAUACUCGACAUCUCUCUCGAGCAUCACGAGAUGCGAGUUCAAGCAGAUUUCAUCGGUCAAGCCUGCUAUGACUCUGCCGGGUAUGAUGCUAGUUCAAGCAACUUUCCCACGCUCACCCUUGCUGAUUUCCGCAUAUCCAGCAACAAGAACAAGUUCAUUGCCGUCGGUUGCGAUACGGUGGCGUCCUUCUUGGACCGCGAAGGGAAUUUCGCGUUUGGAUGUAUGUCGGCAUGCAAUGACAUUUCCGAAGUGACUAACGGCUCGUGCUCGGGUAUCGGUUGCUGCGAGACGAGCAUACCUAAAAAUUUAUUCGACUACAAUAUCUCCAUUUAUAGCUAUAAAAACCAUACAGAAGUCCUGGAUUUCAACCCUUGCAGCUACGUUUUCGUCACGGCGAGUGGUUUCUACAACUUCAGUUCUGGUGAUCUUUCGGAACUUGAAAUUGACGAGAUGCCCCUAGUUCUUGACUGGGCAAUAGGGAAUAUAACAUGUGACGUCGCCAAGAAGAGCCCGGGCUACAUGUGCACAGAAAACACCAAUUGUACCAACGCUGAAAAGGGAUGGGGGUACAAGUGCGCUUGUUUAGAAGGUUUCCAUGGCAAUCCGUAUCUCGCGAAUGGUUGUCAAGAUAUUGAUGAAUGUGCUGAUCCAAAUAAGAACCAGUGCAAUGAAGUCAAUGGACAGUGCACUAACGUUGUUGGGAGUUAUAAUUGUUCAUGCCGCAAGGGUUAUCAUGGUGAUGGCAGGAACGAUGGGAAAGGAUGCACUGCUAAUCCUAAUCCAUCACAUUUGGUGCAGAUACUUGUUGGUGCUGGUGCGGGGACAAUAGUGCUGCUAUUUAGCGCAGGCUUUCGUAUCCUGGGAAUUCAAAAGAGGAAACUCAUCAGGCUCAAAGAACAGUACUUUAAGCAAAACGGUGGCUUGCUCUUGCAGCAACAAUUACACGAACAUGACAGGACCACCAACACCAUGAAAAUCUUCACAGCCGAAGAGCUAGAGAAGGCCACGAACAAUUACGAUGAGAGCAGAAUAGUUGGCCAAGGCGGAUACGGUACCGUUUACAAAGGGUUGUUGCCAAACGGCACAUUUGUCGCGAUCAAGAAGUCCAAAUUUGUGGAAAAGACCCGAAUCGAGCAGUUCGUCAACGAAGUCAUAGUGCUUUCUCAUAUUAAUCACCGUAACGUCGUCAAGCUUACGGGAUGUUGUUUGGAUACCGAAGUGCCUUUGUUAGUGUAUGAGUUCAUAAGCAAUGGAACUCUAUUCGACCGGAUCCACAAUCGCAACAAAUCCUCCAAGAUGUCCUGGGAUACCCGAUUGAGAAUCGCUUCGGAUACCGCCGGCGUCCUUUCAUAUUUGCAUUCCGCAGCUUCCAUCCCCAUAAUCCAUCGUGAUGUCAAGUCGACAAACAUCUUGCUGGACGACAACUACACUGCGAAAGUUUCUGACUUUGGAGCUUCGAGAUUAGUCCCACUUGAUCAAGCCGAAUUGUCCACUCUAGUUCGGGGGACAUUGGGAUACUUGGACCCUGAAUACUUGCACACAAACCAACCGACUGAAAAGAGCGAUGUUUACAGCUUCGGGGUUGUGCUAGUGGAGCCGAUAACCGGGAAGAAGGCGCUUUCUUUCAACCGACCCGAGAAAGAGCGGGGCUUGGCAAUGCAUUUUCUUUCGGCAUUAAAAAACAAUCGAUUAUUCCAAAUUGUCGACGGAGUGAUUGCAAAUGAAGGGAACAAUGAGCAAGUGAGGGAAGUCGCCAAUGUCGCAAAGAGAUGCUUGAAAGUAAAAGGCAAGGAGAGGCCGACCAUGAAGGAAGUGGCAAUUGAGUUGGAGGGACUAAAAGAGAAACCUAAUCAUCCAUGGAUGAGCAGCAUCACUUUGCAUGGAGAAGAGGAGCUUCAUCUGCUGGGAGAGACGACCGACCCCACCGUGUACAUGGAUAGUAGCGAGACCAUGAGCAUUGCGCCCUCGGAUAGCAUGAAAAACCAUGUCAUGACACCGGUUAACAGUGGCGGAUGAGAAUAACCACGGGUUGUUCCUUCUUCAUCAAGAAAUUCUUAGGCAUGUAAGAAAAACUCUUGAUUGCCGUUGUACAAUGGAUGCUACGAGGCCUUGUACUGUAGGCAUAUUAUUGGUGAUGGCAAACUAGUAUUAGGGGAGUUCCGUUUUAGCUGGCUCUUGUGGUUGAGUCUUUUGUCCGUAAUUUCGAUCUAGAGUUUCUCCGCAUUUGUAAAUUGUAAUGAAAGUCGGUGUUGUGAUUCA